UUAAUGUCACCAUGAUUUGGAAAUUCCAAAGAUGUUUCUCAUCUUUAUUUAUCUUUCAGUUGAGUUCCCAUUUUUUAGGAUGACUUCUCCACGUGUGCUGUGCUGUCACAUGGGUGAUAUCCUGAUAUUUCAAAAGUCUGUAAACAUUUGUUAGAUGUAUCCAAGCGCUGUUCUUUACGCUGGAGUAUUGGUUCUCUAAUGAGAAGUCUACACUUUUGCAACUGUGUCAAGUGCUGGUCACAGGAGGUGAAUGACAACAUUUACACGAUACUACUUCAUGCUUGAAGAGAAGCCAGAAGACUCUUGUUCCUACUGUUAAAGCAACUCUCUGUAGGUUGGGCUGUGGCUUUAGGUGAUUAGGUAUCACAUAACUACUGACUCACUUGUUGGAGCUCUGCAGCAAGCGAUUGCAGCCAAUUGUGAGUCAGAAUAUACUGUAAAGGCUGUUGCUGAUGAGCGCUGCAUCUCAAAUAAUGGCUGCCCUGAUUGCAGUGAAAUACUGGCACGGGAUGAGACGAAUGUCUCCUGGAAAGAUGGAAAGGCGAAUGCCUGAGAAAACAAGGUGAAGCCAUGAAAAAGCAUCAGGAAUGACUCAUGCCCCCUUUUGUUCCUCUGUGGAAAGAGACCAGGGGUUUUCCUUCAAGCUGGUUUGUUUAUCGUGAAGUCAUUGCUGCGGCAGAGAGGGGGCAUGGUGGCCAUGCAAAAAAAAAAAAAAAAAAAAUAUCUGAAAUGCGUCCAAGCAUCACUGCUAGGGGCGAGUAGGAGUGUGAAUGUAACAAGUAGGUGUUUAAGUUGGAUGCCCAAGUUAAUGUAAGUGGAUUACACCCUCUCUCAGCCGCAUGCUUUUUUCUGGGACUCUGUCGUGUGCGCUCGCAGACACAUUGUCCGAUUCCCUCAUAACUACAGCGCAGGGUGGAUGUGUAAGCCGAUAUCGGUGUGAGCGCUACCGACCCUGAAUCGGACAAAGCGUUUUCGGCAGUGCUGAAAUGUAGACGGGUCCUCCAGAGUGUAGCUCUCAUUCAGUUUCUCUGUGGUUUCCCCUUUCUUGUAUUUCAGGUUUUUUUCCCCAUUUCACCAUCUCUUACGCACGCUUUUUUUGUGUGUGUCCCAUUUUUCUGCUUGUCCUUUAAAAAAUAAAGUGGCGUUCCUAAGCACUUCUGCCUGACUUCAUCAUAGCACGCCUAUUGAAGUACAUAAAUUAGGAUGAAACUGAAAACCCCACCUACGCUGCAAAAAAAAAUAAAAAAAUAAAAGGAAUCAACUGGCCUCUCACCACCGUUUUAUAAACAUGUGGAAAAACUGUAUUUGGGGAAAAACUGUUUCUAAAGAGGGGCAAGGUUACAACGGCUAAUAUGAAGACAGAUCUUUGGCUCUGCGGGCUUUUUCUGUGCGCUCUCUUAUAUUUGACUUAUGGUUGGUUUUUUGGCACAUCCAGCGCCGUCCUGCCGGGUGCGUAUCCACCUAGACCAGACCACUGCCCACUGUGUCUGCCAUUCUAAUCACAGAGACCUCCGCACCACCCCGAGCUUAUCCUCUUAAUCAGAUCAACGGGACUAUUGUUCGGAGUUCACGUCGGUUUCUGUACUAGGCUUUGUUGUAGGCUAACCCGGUGAGAGGCAGAUGAAACGUCAUUGGCAAGGUUGGUGAGGUCAUGGGAAAUGGAAAAGUUCUGGAUUUUAGUUUCUUUCUUUUCGUAGGCGUUACAAAUGUACCAUUUAUGACACUUGAGGAAAAACACGUUCCAGCCCUCAGACCUCACAGAUAAAUGGGCCCAAGAACUGCAGCAUUCUCGAUAAAAGGGAGAAUGUGUGAACCUCCUACGAGUUAGUUUGCAUGAGGUCCUACACUUUGAUAGUGGAAGCCUUGGACUUCAACAAUGAAACCAGUGGUGUAGAUGGGAGGUUGAUAGAGAAAGCCUCUCAUUCUGGCAUGAUCAACCCCAGCCCGCAGUGGCAGAAGCUGACGCACAACGGCCCCGUAGCCCAGUUUGAAUACCAGAUCCGGGUCAGCUGCGACGAGCACUACUACGGUUUCGGCUGCAACAAGUUUUGUCGGCCCAGAGACGAGUUCUUCGGGCAUUAUACGUGUGACAACAAUGGAAACAAAACCUGCCUGGAAGGCUGGUCUGGACCUGACUGCAACACAGCUAUAUGUCGACAGGGCUGCAGCACUGAGCACGGAUCGUGUAAGGAACCAGGUGGAUGCAAGUGUCUGUAUGGCUGGCAGGGUCAGUACUGCGACAAGUGCAUCCCCCACCCCGGCUGUGUGCACGGCACCUGUAAAGAGCCGUGGCAGUGCCUUUGUGACAUCAACUGGGGCGGUCACCUUUGUGAUAAAGACCUGAACUACUGUGGCACUCACCAACCGUGCCAGAAUAGAGGGACGUGUAUCAACACAGGACCUGAUAAGUACCAAUGUACCUGCGCGGAGGGUUACUCAGGAGCCAACUGUGAGAGAGCCGAACACGCCUGUCUCUCCAAUCCAUGUUCGAAUGGAGGGAGCUGCUCAGAAACCAGUCAAGGCUACGAAUGUCAGUGCGCACCAGGCUGGACCGGCCCCUCCUGCACGAUCAAUGUUGACGACUGCCUUCCAAACCCCUGCAACCAUGGCGGUACCUGCCAGGAUCUGGUUAACGGCUACAAGUGCCACUGUCCUUCGCAGUGGACUGGGAAGACGUGUCUAAUAGAUGCCAACGAAUGCGACAGCAAGCCUUGCGUCAAUGCCAACUCGUGCCGCAACCUGAUUGGUGGAUACUUCUGCGAGUGCCUCCCUGGUUGGACGGGGCAGAACUGUGACAUCAAUAUAAACGACUGCAAGGACCAGUGCCAGAAUGGGGGAACUUGUAAGGACUUGGUAAACGGCUAUCGGUGCGCGUGCCCGCCUGGGUUCGCCGGCGAGCACUGCGAGAGGGACAUCGACGAGUGCGCAAGCUCGCCGUGUCUGAACGGCGGCCGCUGCCAGGACGAAGUGAACGGAUUUCAGUGCCUGUGUCUGACUGGCUUCUCAGGAAAUCUCUGCCAGCUGGAUAUUGAUUACUGCUUGCCCAACCCGUGUCAGAACGGGGCAGUCUGCUUCAACCUGGCCACAGACUACUACUGCGCCUGCCCAGAGGACUACGAGGGCAAAAACUGCUCUCACCUCAAGGACCACUGUCGCACCACCACGUGCAAAGUGAUUGAUAGCUGCACGGUUGCCGUGGCAUCCAACAGCACACCAGGAGGAGAGCGUUACAUCUCAUCAAACGUUUGUGGACCUCACGGUCGCUGUCAGAGUCAGGCCGGGGGCCAGUUCAGCUGCGAGUGCCAGGAGGGUUUCAGAGGCACCUACUGCCAUGAGAACAUCAAUGAUUGUGAGAGUAACCCGUGCCGCAACGGGGGCACGUGUAUCGACAAAGUCAGCGUGUACCAGUGCAUCUGCGGUGACGGCUGGGAAGGCGACCACUGCGAGAUCAACAUAGAUGACUGCAGCACCAACCCCUGUCAUAAUGGAGGGACAUGUCGAGACCUGGUGACGGACUUCUUCUGCGAAUGCAAAAAUGGCUGGAAGGGAAAGACUUGCCACUCCCGCGAGAGUCAGUGCGAUGAAGCCACAUGCAACAACGGAGGCACCUGCUAUGAUGAGGGUGACACAUUCCAGUGCAAGUGUUCCCCGGGGUGGGAGGGAACGACGUGCAACAUAGCCAAAAACUCGAGCUGCCUUCCAAACCCGUGUGAGAAUGGAGGUACCUGCGUGGUGACGGGGGAUUCAUUCACCUGCGUCUGCAAGGAAGGCUGGGAGGGUCCCACAUGCACCCAAAAUACCAACGACUGCAGUCCACACCCAUGCUACAACAGUGGAACUUGUGUCGAUGGGGAUAACUGGUACCGCUGCGAGUGCGCCCCAGGCUUCGCUGGCCCAGACUGUCGGAUCAAUAUUAAUGAGUGCCAGUCCUCUCCAUGUGCCUUGGGCUCCACCUGUGUGGAUGAGAUCAAUGGAUAUCGCUGCCUAUGCCCACCAGACAGGACCGGAUCCCACUGCCAAGAAGUUACAAGAAAACCUUGCUCUGUUAAUGGACACGUCACCCCUGAUGGAAUGAAAUGGGAUGAAGACUGCAACACUUGCCACUGUUCCAAUGGGAAAGUUGUAUGCACAAAGAUGUGGUGUGGCCCCAUGUCAUGCAAACUGGGUGCCAAGGGCCGAGGCGAGUGCCCUUCAGGCCAGAGCUGCAUCCCCCUCAGGGAGGGCCACUGCUUUGUGAAGCCCUGCAUUGAGCUGGGAGAGUGCUGGCACUCCGACCCUCCCCAGCCCCCCACCAAAUGCCACCCCAGCUCCACUUACCAGGACAACAGCUGCGCCAACAUCACCUUCACCUUCAACAAGGAGAUCAUGCCUCGAGUCCAGGGCUUAACUGUGGAAGGAGUAUGUAAGCAGCUGAGGAGCUUAUACGUGGUCAAGAAUUUCUCCUUGGAGCAUUCUGUGUCCAUAACCUGUGACCCCUCAUUCUCAGCCAGCAACGAGAUCCACGUCUGCAUCUCGACUGAUGACCACCGCUUGGACGGGAGCCCCGUUAAAGAGAUCACAGAAAGGAUAAUUGACCUGGUUAGCAAGCAUAACGGGAACAACACGAUCAUCUCCGCCAUCGCAGAAGUGCGUGUGCCAAGCCCCAGCAAAACUGAUUACCUAGUGCCCCUUCUCAGCUCCAUUUUCAUUGGCAUCUGGGUCCUCGCGCUGGUCUCCAUUUUGCUGUGGUGCAUGCGCCGGCGGCGGAAACAGAGCAACCACAACGGGACAUCAGCGACCAGCUCAGAGGACAACACGACCAACAACGUCCGGGAGCAGCUUAACCAGAUCAAGAACCCUAUAGAGAAGCAUGUGGGCCUCACAGUAGCCAUUAAAGACUAUGAAAAUAAGAACUCCAUCAUUGCCAAAAUAAGGACAAAUCAUCCCGAGGGAGAUGAGGACGACAAGGAGAGGCACUUGCAGAAGGGCCGCUUUGCCAAACAGCCAGCAUACACACUGGUGGAGAGGGAUGAGAAGGCAUCCAUCUCCAAUCCCAACUCAACAUCCAAGCACGCUAAUUGGACUAACAAACAGGACAAUAGAGACUUGGAGACAGCAAACAGCAUAAACAGGAUGGACUACAUUGUAUAGCAGACAGCUGUGUUGCUGUGCAACCUAGCCUUACACCUUCACACCCAGGUGGUGGGUGAAACUGGGGGAGCUUUGGCAUGUGUAAAUAGUCAUGUCAGUUGUGACCCCCUCCUCCCCCCUCAGUAUUUUCAGAUAUUUCCCCGUGCUAAUUUAAGUUUUGACAAGCUGGCUUACACUGGCAGUGACAGUUGCUUUGGUUGGCUGGAAACACAAGGCACUGGUAUACAUUUCACUGUAGAACUAGUUGCAAACGUGUCCUCCUAUGCAUUUCAUUUCCCCGUUUCCUUUUUUUUUUUUUUUUUAGCGGACACAUUUAAGGGGCUCCUGGUGUAAUUGUUGUACAAUGAGUUUAAACUACCCGACGUGUUCAACACUAGAGCUAAUUAUUUUUAGUAUGUGUUUGAAUUUUUUCUAGUUCUAUUUGGAGGAAGUGCUUUUUCAGUUUUAGACUUCAGCAACUGUCAAAUGAGACAAAAAAAAAAGAUCAACUUUAUUAUUUAUUUUUAUUUUUAGGGUUGGGUGGGGAGGGAGAUGAAAGGGGUUCGAUGUCAGCAGUUGCUGUCAAUAUGAAGAAUUUAUGUGACAAUUUAGAACGUGUAGAUAUGUACAUUUUUUUUUUUAUUAAUCAUUGUGUAUAUUUGAUUUAUUAACUUAAUAAUCAAGAGCCUUAAGAUAUCAUUCCUUUUUAUUUAUACGUUCAGUUUAGUUUGAAGGUUUUGAUAGCUGUGGAAGCCUACCAUUUCUUUCAAGGUUUUUUUUUGUUUUGUUUUGUUUCCAAUGCAUUCAAUAAAAGCCAAAUUUCAGAGAUGACAAAAGAUGGGUGCUUUGGCCCUGAAAGAAACACUUCAUUUUUGUUUCCCUCCCAUACACACGUUGGACAUUUCAUUAUUUGUUGCCAGGACCUUAAUUGUAGACAAGUGAGGUUAGGACAACAAAAGAUCACGGCUGCUGCAAGGGUUGGACAUGGUGGCAGACACAUUGCUUGCCACUAAUGGAUAAAUACUUAAGGGAACAAAAAUUCUUCAGCAGCUUCAGUUUAACCCAGACAUAUUUCAAAGGCUGUCGAAAUCAACCAAGUUGCAAGGCAAGUCACAUCAGUAUGGCACGCCAGAAUUCCCAUCUGCUUUAGUCAGCAUAAUAUCAUAAGCUAGACUGUGAGUACUUGAACAGUAGAGGAGCAAUGGGAACACUGUAGUAUCAGAUAAAUACACUGCCUUGCUCUGCAAGAGUCCGCUUUGUUUCUGUGCACAUUUGUUUCUUUUUAAAAAUUGAGGCUCUUAAAGACAAACAUGUUUUAUCUCAUUUGUUAACCCUUUGAGAUCGUGGCAACACUUUGUCCUUUUUUUUUCCUUUUUUUUUGACUUUGUGUUAUGAACUUGAGAAUUAUGUGUUGAUCUGGCAAUAUAUUUUUGAAAGUCAUAUUUAUUAAAUAUUUUGUAUGAAACGAGAAUUAAAGUUGUCUCUGUUCUGGA